AUGGGAUUUCAGAAAGAGCUCGAUGAUCUAUCGGUCAAGCUGCAACAGCAAAAGGAACUAACGGAUCAGGAAUCGAAACGCGCCCAGGUUUACUCGGCACGCCGCAGCGAGCUCGAAAAUGAAUUGAGCCGUCUUCAAAGCGAGUCUGCUGCGACUAUCCGAGAUCUUGAGAAUCGGUAUAACGCGGAACGCGAUUCUCGAUCCGACGACCUCGCCGUCGCUAAGCAGAGAGUCGAAGAGCUGCAGCAUGAAAGUCAGCAAAGGGUCCAGGAAGCCAACAAACUCGGACAAGAAGAGGUUCGACGCGUAAAGUUUGAUUUGCAAGGUCGCCUCGAGAACAAGGAAGCAGAACUUAGCAAGGCUCGGACUGAUCUACAAGGCGCCGAGAUGGACCGGAAACAGAACGAGGCACGAAUCUUGGCUCUGACUGAUGUCAAUCAAAGCCUCCAAAAUGUUACCAAAGCUACUUUCGAUCUUCUAAAUCGAAUCAAGAAGCAAAUUUUUGGAAUCUGAACGAAAGUAUUUUAUGUCUCACUAUUCCUUGAGUUUCGCAACGCUUUUCUUGGUUCCGAUAAUGACCGUACCACGCACUAUCACGCUUUCUACAAUACUAAUUGGUGUCGUAGAUUUAACAAAAACAUCGGCAUCAGCAUCAUAUCUUGCUUCAAGUCACCAAUAAGGUGCGGUGUCCAGCAGUCGUCUAAAAGGCAUCUCGAGUCGGUCGUUCGUCGCCAUCGAUACCGAUCCAUCCAUCAGGGUACUCGUACGCGUACACCAUGGUAUCGACCGUUUUCCAUUCGUGAACCGCCGUCUUUUUCGGCAGAAAGGAAUACCACGAAUCCAUCAUACUCAUUCCGUGAUACCCACGUAAUCGGUUGAUGUAUCCGGAAAAGGUACUGAACCAUGUUCCCGCAAAUAUCCUUCCUCGACUUGCCACAAUGGUAUCGAUCAUUCCCAUGUAGUUGGGAUCCAAAUCCUGUAAUCCGGCCAAAUCCCAGUAGUCGUCCAAGUAGCGAAGAUCGUGAUGGAUGGCCAAAUCGUCGAAGAACGUGUGGUUCCGUUCGUCAGUGGCCACGUACAAAAUUUCGCGUUCCUGCCAGAGCUCCUUUGUAUUUUCGUACCACUCGACGGCGGGAAUUUUGACCUUUUUGUACUGCAGGUCUCCUCGGCGCACGUGAAGAGCUGAGUAGGCUCCGGCGCCGUUCGGGUCGACGGCGAAUCCGCGGGUGACCGCCUCGGCUUGGACGGCCUUGACGAUUUUCCCCGCCGCGCAGUAGAUUGAGUCGUGGUAGUGCAGGAAAUCGCGGACGAAACGCUUGACCUGAUUCUCCAGGGCGGGGUCGGUAAAGUGGAUCAUGGAAUAAAAGUGCGACAGAAGACGGUAGCCCUUUUCGUCGGCGUGGAAAUGCAGCAAUAGGGGUUCGUUCCGUUCGGCCGUCCAGUAGAUCACGUCGCGUUUGGGGCCGCAUACUUCGUGCACGUAUUCUUGUACUUCGGGAUCGAGCUGGGCGUUGCCAGUUUCGUCCGCGUACUUGUCCUGGUCAAAGACGAGGCACGAAUGCAGCGCAGAAAGGCCGGGAUUGUGUCCCACGUCAUUGAGGAAGUCGACGAUCGGACCACAGGACGACGACGAUAGUUUGCGCUUGUCGCAGUGAUCGGCAGCGGCGAGGAUGGCCGUUUUCUGUUCGGGCGGGAUGGUAACCACGUUGCGUGCCAAAAAUUCCUCCAUGGAUAUGACGUUGACUCGUUUCUGAAAUUCGGCACUGUUCAGCGGAAAGAAAUCUCCAAAGCCCCGGUGCUUACUCCCCUGGCCGUGGUGGAGCAGGUAGAGUGGUUCCUUGGGAGGCAGCACCAGUGUCCGUCCCGUAACGGCUGCAAUAAUGAAAAUAAUCUCCAUACUCAUGCGAAUGUUGUUCCAUCCGCCAUGAUCGGGACUAAAUGUAAUGUAGCGCGUCUGAUCGGUGGGCACGGCGAACGGCGACGAGGAGAGUAGAUUGGUGGCGUCCCGCGUCCCUUGGGGAUCGUUCCAAUAGGCGAGACUGUCAACGUUGACGUCGCAUUCAAUGUGUGCCCGUUGUGCACCGACGAGUGCCGGUGUUUGCUCAAGUGUCCGUCCAGCCACUCCACGGGCUACGGGCUGCGUUGUG